GAACAGAGCGGGUAUCUGGACGUGGAAGAAGGCACCAGAACCACCUGAGAUCCCAGUCCACCACGAUGCUGAGAUGGAGGAUGCACCUGCAGGCCUUGAUGAUGAUGACGAUGAUGAUGGCGUUGCUGAGGUUGAUGUCAGACAGACACGUCCCACCCGCAGUCGGCGACCACCAGCUCCUCCUGAGGGUGGAUGGACACUUGAUCAUGUCAUGGCAUCCAUAAAUGAUCUGACUACUGACUUUAGAGGAUAUAGACAGAGCACGAGCAAGUGGCGGAACCAGAUGGACACAAGGGUUGCACGGUUGGACACAAGGGUUACACGCUUGGAGGGUUUAGUUGGCGAGGGUGCCCAUACUCAGGAGGAUGACAAUGGGGACGACACACAAUCGGAUGAUGAGAAUGGGGAUGACACGCAAUCGGAUUAG